CAUUUCAGAAUAGGGUGCCUUGGGACGGUCCAUAAUUUCAAAGGGUGCCUCGGGACGGUCCAUAAUUUCAAAGGGUGCCUCGGGACAGUCCAUAAUUUUAAAGGGUGCCUCGGGACGGUCCAUAAUUUCAAAGGGUGCCUCGGGACAGUCCAUAAUUUCAAAGGCUGCCUUGGGACGGUCCAUAAUUUCAAAGGGUGCCUUGGGACGGUCAUAAUUUCAAAGGGUGCCUUGGGGCAGUCCAUAAUUUCAAAGGGUGCCUUGGGGCGGUCCAUAAUUUCAAAGGGUGCCUUGGGGCGGUCCAUAAUUUCAAAGGGU